UGUGUGGGGAUAAACUCAAUAACAACAAAUUUCCAAGGGUUAAUAAUAAUAAAUAGAGUAUCAGCCUAAGUCUUAUUCCAUGUCACUUUUAAGAAUUUAAAUUGGUUAAUAUUGAUGUACAAAAUGAAUAUUUGUAAACAGGUCUUUCCACUCAGGUACUCUUGAGUCUGGAAUGGUGCCAGGCAGGCCAGCUUUUAGUCCUGAGUAAAAUUCACAUUAAAAGAUUUUCUUGAAAUUUAAUAUUGUGCUAAAUAUUAUAUCAGUUUUCCUUUGUUGCGUUUAUUUUCUUUCAGUUUCAUUUAUUAAAUUUCACUUCAUUUUGUUUUGUAAGUCUCACACGCGGAAAGGCGGAAGCUUCGUGCUUGCUAAAGUAACAUGACAGACUAUUCUGAUUGGGUGAUCACACUGAAGCUGUACCUGACCAAUAAGCAACCAGAUAGUAGUUAUAUAUAUAAGUCGGACUUGAACAAUUGAAAGUUAUUCUGUCAACUUUUAUAACAAAUUAAUUGUAAUCAAGAAAAAGAAAAAUGUCUUCACGUGGUAAGACUGGUGCUGGCGGAAAAGCCAGAGCUAAGGCCAAGACCCGUUCCUCUCGUGCCGGGCUCCAGUUCCCUGUUGGCCGUGUUCACAGGCUACUGAGAAAGGGGAACUAUGCUGAACGCGUCGGCGCUGGAGCUCCCGUCUAUCUGGCGGCUGUGCUUGAGUAUCUGACCGCUGAGAUCUUAGAGCUGGCUGGAAAUGCCGCCAGAGACAACAAGAAGACCAGGAUCAUCCCCCGUCACCUGCAGCUGGCUGUCCGCAACGAUGAGGAGCUGAAUAAGCUGCUCGGCGGAGUCACCAUUGCUCAGGGUGGUGUGCUGCCCAAUAUCCAGGCUGUUCUUCUACCCAAGAAGACUGAGAAGUCUGUGAAGGGCAAGUAAACAGAUGACAAGAUACAACGAUCACAAAGGCUCUUUUAAGGGCCACCCACUUCUCAUUAAAAAGCUAGUUUCCCCCAGUUCAAAUGAAGAGAUGUCACUCUGUGGUGAGGAAUGUUGGUGUGUUAACACUCAAAAAACCCAUUCAAUAGCCCCCUAACUUGUUAAUAUUUGUAUGGUAAUUCUAUAUAAAU